AGUGAUAGCGAUUUGGAUGAAAUCGUUGAUAAUCCAGCGCGUUUAUUGCUUCAGUUAAUGGAACCCAUUCGAGAAGUAUUGCAAUACAUAUUUGACGACCAAAUGCCUGAGGAAGACACAGAUCCAGACUCAGAUGAAGAUCCUGUUGAAUCAGUCGAUGAAGAGAGCAAUGCAGAAGCCCCACAAGCCCCGGACUCAGAUGGAGAUCCUGUUGAAUCAGUCGAUGAAGAGAGCAAUGCCGAAGCCCCACAGAACCCACCUGUAGAGCCAGAAGAAGAGACAGAUGACGAACCACAAGAAGUGCCAAUUAUUGAGCUUCCAACGACAUCGCACAGAGCACACCAGCUGCAACAGCAACAUCAGCCGCUUUCAGCUGAGGUAAUAGACCUUGGAACGCCGUCUCCAGCAAAGAAACGCAAACGUCUGUCUCCUGUCGCCAGCAAUGAGGUGAUGGGCACUCCAGUGGCGAAGGCAUCUUCAAAUGACGACGAUGAAGAUGAUGGCAUGACGUGCCCCAUUUGCUUGGAAUCAUGGGAGAUGAGCGGUGAUCAUCGUUUGGUCUCACUCAAAUGCGGUCACCUGUUUGGCGAGUCCUGCAUUCGUCGCUGGCUGACCGAGAGUCAGCGACAGUCGGCCGUUAAGGUGUGUCCCCAGUGCAAAACGAAGGCAACCAACCGGGACAUACGCUGCCUCUAUGCCAAGCGGCUGAGGGCCAUUGACCGCACUGAGGAGCAUGGCAUGCGCAGGGAUUUGGAUGCAGAGCGUCGACGUAGUCAGAGUCUUACCACAGAACUGGCCACCGUCAAAAUGACACUCUCGAUGACCGCCAAUAAACUGAAUGCUCUGCAGCUGGAUUACGAAAGACUUCGUCAAGUGGUGCGCUCAGGUGGCGGGUUACGUGGUGCAUUUGCCGACGAUCUUGACAGUGGCUGCUCACUUAAACAACUCAAUCAGCUGGCCAGCCAUCGACUGUAUAUGGAGAAGAACUUUGAGAUAACGCGGGAACCCGGUUGCCGAGUGCUGCUCUACUCUUCGGCGCACUCCACACUGAUUGCAUCCCAGAAGAGUGCACAGAAUCUAUUCCCUGGCUAUGGAGUGCGCUUUAUUGAUCCGCCCAGCUUCAAGCCGUUGCAUUUUCUGCACACCUCAGCGCAGCUGGUGCGAGACAUUGCCUUCAGCGAGAGUCAGCACCUGUUGACGGUGGCCAGUCGUGAAGCGCGGCUUAAGACAUUUGAUAUAAGGACACGACUAUGCAGCAUGGUGUUCUCUGCUAACGACAAGCCCGUUUGGUCCUGUGGCCUGGAUCGCAAUGAGCGAGAGCAUUUCCUAUAUGCGGGCGAUCUUCGUGGAGGCGUUUACGUAUUUGAUGUGCGUUUCCCGGAGACGAUUCUCAGCGAAUUCCAAGCUGACGAUAACUUUAGUCCUGUGAUAAACAUUGCGUCCGUGCCGGCGGGCAAAGUAUUCAGCAAUGGAGGCUUCUUGGUCUGUCAACUGAGCGUUGUGAAAUUCUACGAGUAUGCCAAUGAUACGGCCGUUGCCACACGCCUCAACGUAGAUGGUCCCUUUCUAUCCAUGCAGUAUGACGCAGUGCAGGAUACGGUGCUCUUCUCGGCCCGCUCCAAUGCCCAGUAUCCGCAAUCGCGUUUCAUACUCGGCCAGUUGGACAAAAUCGAUGGUGUACCUGUGUUUAAGGUGAAGACCACAAUAUUUGGAUCACCCGCCACGCCCUUUAUGACGCGUCCUACACAACUGGGCGUGGAGGAUAAUACGCUAGUCGUUGGCUAUUUGCAGGAUAACAAACAGUUGAUGAUCUACGAUGUGAGGCGAGAGGAACGCAUCCAAACGAUGCCCGUUAAUGAGGUCAUCUAUGACAUUUGUCCAGUUAAUACAUCGAAUGGCACCUAUCUGACCGCCUUAACCGAUAACAAGUGUCGUGUCUACAAGGUCAACAGUUCCCGAAACUGACAAGUGGAAUAGUAACCAUUCCCACCAAGACUUUUGCUGUGCAAAUUGGCUGCUUUACUAAAAUAAAUAUUAAUUCAAAUUAAUCUAAUUAUUAAUGUGUUCGUUUAGUUAGUGAUAAGAAAAAAAAAACAGUUGAGUUAUAUGUUUCCUUGUGGCAUUUUAUUUUAGUAUUAUUAUUUAAACAUUCUCAUGCUUGUUUCACGCACAAACUUUUUAUAUAUAUUCAUAUCUUUAUUUUGUUAUUUUUAUCACUUUACACACAAAUCAUGACCAUAAUGCUAAAGGCUAUAUAUGUUUUUUGAAUAAUGUUUUCUUUUUGAUUUUUCUGUAUUUCGAUUUUCUGUUCCAAUAUCUAAAACAUUUUGGUUAAUUACAUACAUGUACAUAUACAUAUAGUAUUUUGAGUAUAUUUUCGACAAAAAAAAAAAAAACAAAGAAAAUUAAUGAAGAUUAUUAUGUGAUUUCAUGAGUUAGAUAAAUGUUUGAUUAAUUAUACAUACAUAUAAAGCUAUAGAA